AUGAUACAAGACACAAACAAAUUCAUAAAAACCUGUGCAUCAUGUCAAUUUUCAAAAAACCAAAACGGUAAAAAACCAGGUUUAUUACAAUCUAUUCCGUUAACCGACACUAAACCCAUGUCCAGACUUUGUUUCGACUAUUUAGGACCGUUACCCACGUCAAAAGGUAAAAAAUAUUUAAUAGUGGCUACUUGCAAUGCAACCGAAAUGGCUUUUGCAAAAGCUGUUACAAACGCAGACGCAGCUGCAACCAUCGAAUUUCUAUUUGAUAUAAUAACUACCUACGGUACGCCAAAAUACUUCGUCAGCGACAGAGGCACACAUGUUAAAAAUACUGAAGUAAAAAACAUAUGUGAAAAAAUUAGGAAUAACUCAAAUAUUUUCGACUAG